UUGAGAAAUAGGACUGCAGGUGGAGGGACGGCAAUGCCCGGCGGAGAUCAGGAACUCGGGAGCUACUACGUGGGUGUGGACGUGGGGACAGGCAGUGUCCGUGCAGCUCUGGUGGACCAGAGGGGUAUCCUCUUGGCUUUCGCAGACCAGCCAAUCAACCAGUGGGAGCCUCAGUUCAACCACCACGAGCAGUCCUCCGAGGACAUCUGGGUUGCGUGCUGCAUCGUCACAAAGAAAGUUGUACAAGGGAUUGAUUUAAACCAAAUUCGAGGGCUUGGGUUUGAUGCCACGUGUUCUCUGGUUGUUUUGGAUAAGCAGUUUCAUCCUUUACCAGUGAAUCAUGAAGGGGAUUCUCAUCGAAACAUCAUCAUGUGGCUGGACCACCGGGCGGUCAGUCAGGUCCACAGGAUCAACGAAACCAAGCACAGUGUCCUGCAGUACGUUGGGGGCGUGAUGUCCGUGGAAAUGCAGGCCCCGAAGCUUCUGUGGCUAAAAGAGAACUUGAGAGAGACUUGCUGGGAUAAGGCGGGACAUUUCUUUGAUCUCCCAGACUUCUUAUCGUGGAAGGCAACAGGUGUCACAGCACGGUCUCUCUGCUCCCUGGUGUGCAAAUGGACAUACUCUGCAGAGAAAGGCUGGGAUGACAGUUUCUGGAAGAUGGUUGGUUUGGAAGACUUGGUUGCAGAUAAUUACAGCAAAAUAGGAAACCAAGUGCUGCCUCCUGGAACUUCUCUUGGAAAUGGGCUCACACCAGAGGCAGCAAAGGACCUUGGCCUUCCUGCUGGAAUUGCAGUGGCAGCUUCACUAAUUGAUGCCCAUGCAGGAGGACUAGGAGUGAUUGGAGCAGAUGUGAGGGGGCAUGGCCUCGCCUGUGAGGGACAGCCGGUGACGUCGCGGCUGGCUAUCAUCUGUGGAACAUCUUCUUGUCACAUGGGGAUCAGCAAAAACCCGAUCUUUGUACCAGGAGUCUGGGGCCCUUAUUUCUCAGCCAUGGUCCCUGGGUUCUGGCUGAAUGAAGGUGGCCAGAGCGUUACUGGAAAAUUGAUAGAUCACAUGGUGCAGGGCCAUGCUGCCUUCCCAGAACUACAAGCCAAGGCCACAGCCAGAUGCCAGAGUAUAUAUGCAUAUUUGAACAGUCACCUGGAUCUGAUUAAGAAGACUCAGCCCGUGGGUUUCCUCACUGUUGAUUUACAUGUUUGGCCAGAUUUCCAUGGCAACCGGUCUCCCUUAGCAGAUCUGACACUAAAGGGCAUGGUCACCGGAUUGAAACUAUCUCAGGACCUCGAUGAUCUUGCCAUUCUCUACCUGGCCACAGUUCAAGCCAUUGCUUUCGGGACGCGCCUCAUUAUAGAGGCCAUGGAGUCAGCAGGGCACUCGAUCAGCACCCUUUUCCUCUGUGGGGGCCUCGGCAAGAACCCCCUUUUUGUGCAAAUGCAUGCGGACAUUACCGGCAUGCCUGUGGUCCUGUCGCAAGAGGUGGAGUCUGUUCUCGUGGGUGCUGCUAUUCUGGGGGCCUGUGCCUCGGGGGAUUUCGCUUCUGUACAGGAGGCAAUGGCAAGAAUGAGCAAAGUUGGGAAAGUUGUGUUUCCUAGACGUGAGGAUAAAAGGGUCUUGCCAGGAAACUUCUGGGAGCUUAUGAAAUCUACAGGAAAUACAUUCAUCAGUGACAGAGAUGACUUCACCCUUAAUUUGAACUUGUACUUCUUCAUUGAAACUCUAGAAUAAUCUCUUUUUGGGCAACCCAACAGGCAUCCAGCUCCCCUACUCCAUCCACAUGGGGCAACCACCCCAUGAUUUCAACUUGGGUCUACAGUCCUGGUGGGGCAGCCAGUCGAGGUCCUUUGUCCUCUUCUGGCAAAGGGUUGGAUACAUAUCCCUGAUAGACCCAUCAGAUGCCCUUCCUGCAACUUGAAUCUUGAACAGAAUGACUCAGAAAGACUUGCAACCAUUUUAUCAUAUUCAUCUGGGUGGUGCUCUCCUGAAAAAACUUCUUAUAAUUUUUGCUACCUCGAUCUGAUGAGCUGCUCUGGGACCUGCCCUUUCCCAUGCAGAGUUCUUCAAAUUUUUCUCCGAAUCUGUGAGAUUUUCUACACUUGCAAUAAUAUUGUUUUCUUUAUAGUUACCAGGUUUGAUUUCACCCACUUACCACCAAAAAAAUCCCUAAGCAAUAUACACAUGUACAGAAAUAUACAAGUAUUAUUCGAGUUUACAGAUGAUAAGAUCACUACAGAAAUUUUCUAAAUUAUUGUAAAGUACAAAGAAGGUAAAACUUACCAAUUAUUCCAAAACCUAGAUAUUAUCAUUAUUACUAUUCACAUUUUUGUUUAUUUCCUUUAGUCUCUCCUCUCUCUGUGUAUAUAUACAUACAUAUAUACACACACAUGCGUCCACAGAUAUGUGUCUAUAUAUAUACAGAGAGAGAAAUCCAUACUGUAUGUACAGAUUUGUAUCAUCACUUUUUAAUUUUAAUAUUAUUUUGUAAGCAUUUUCCUGAGUAAUUAAACUUCUUUCAAACUA